UGUUGCCCAUAAAUACAGUUUGUGUUGGGGAAUCUAUCAUUCAGCUGUGAGAUGGAAAACAGGGUUGAGCCAGAGGAGAAGAUGGCUGAAAAUGGUGGGGGAGAGAGACAGGAGCCGCAAACCAACAAUGUCAGGAAAAAGAAAAAGAGGGUAAAAGGAGGGAUCAGAACAAUGCCAUUUAUCCUCGCAAAUGACGCAUGCGACAGAUUUGCGUCCAGCGGUUCGCACGCAAACAUGAUAACAUACCUGACCAAUGAGCUGAACAUGCCCCUGGUUAAGGCUUCCAACACCAUCACCAACUUUGGUGGCCUUGGCAGCUUCACACCGUUGAUCGGUGCUCUCAUAGCUGACUCCUUUGCCGGACGAUUUUGGACCAUCAUCGUUGGUUCCCUCAUUUAUGAACUGGGAUUGGUGAGCAUGACCCUAUCAGCAACGCUGCCACACCUUCGCCCCCCUCCGUGUCCAACUCAAGAAAAUUGCAAGGAAGCCUCUUCCAGUCAGCUAGGGAUCCUCUACCUCUCCCUCCUCCUCUCAUCCAUCGGCUCGGGUGGAAUCAGGCCGUGCGUGGUCACAUUCGCAGCCGAUCAGUUCGACAUGUCCAAAGCCAAGGUCGAGUCCAGAAAGUGGAACUUCUUCAACUGGUACUAUUUCUGCACGGGGACGGCAUCGCUGAUUGCUCUGACGGUUGUAGUUUACAUCCAAGACAACGUCGGAUGGGGACUCGGUCUCGGGAUCCCGACCAUUAUCAUGGCUGUUUCUGUGCUGGCAUUUGUUUUGGGUUCUCCUCUAUAUAGGAGGGUGAAACCAAGCGGGAGUCCUUUGGUUAGAUUGGUCCAGGUGAUUGUUGCUGCUGUGAAGAAGAGGAAGGCAGUUGCACAAGAAGAUCCAUCACUGUUGUAUGAAAAUAGAGAGCUUGAUGCUGGUAUUUCUUCCACUGGAAGGCUUCUACAUUCAGGCCAAUACAAGUGGUUUGAUCGAGCUGCUAUUGUGACCGAAGACGAUGGUAGAGAUCUAAACUCCCCAAACCUCUGGAGACUAGCCACAGUCCACCGCGUCGAGGAACUAAAGUGCAUAAUCCGGAUGCUGCCCAUCUGGGCAGCCGGAAUACUCCUCAUAGCAUCAAAUUCCCAUCAGGGCAGCUUCGUCAUAGUACAAGCUCGAUCAAUGGACCGUAAUCUCUUCUCUCCGUCCUUCCAGAUCCCUCCGGCUUCCAUGUCAGUCUUUGGUACCCUUACGGUUCUAAUUGGACUCGUCCUAUACGAGCGCCUAUUCGUUCCCUUUGCUCGUCGGUACACCAAAAAUCCUAGUGGCAUCACGUGUUUACAGAGGAUGGGAAUAGGCUUUGCGGUCAACAUUAUUGCCACUAUAGUCUCAGCCUUCGUUGAGAUCAAGAGGAAACAAGUGGCUGCACAUCACGGGUUACUCGACAAGCCUACUGCCACCAUACCCAUUAGUGUUUUCUGGUUGCUCCCUCAGUUUUGCCUUCACGGAAUAGCAGAGGUUUUCAUGUCCGUUGGUCACCUGGAAUUUCUCUACGAUCAGUCGCCCGAGAGCAUGAGGAGCACUGCAGUUGCGCUCUAUUGGAUGGCGACAUCGGUUGGGAACUAUAUCGGUACUAUCAUAGUUACAUUGGUUCACGAGUAUACUGGAAAAGGAAAAGAAGGGAAUUGGUUGCCUGAUAGGAAUCUCAACAGGGGGAAACUGGAAGACUACUAUUUGCUUGUGAGUGGUAUCCAAUUGCUGAAUCUGGUGUAUUUUGUAAUUGCUGCUUGGUUUUACAAGUAUAAGCCUCUGGAAGUUGUAAUUGAAAGCAAUGGAGAAGGGGAUGUUGAAUUAGCCAAGGAAAGUGCAAAAGAUAUUACAUUGGACGAUGCUACUGGAAAUGGGGAAGUUGGGGAGAAUAAGGUUGAGACAAAUUAGGGUGGUUGAUUAGAAUGUGUGGUGGUGAUGUGUGUAGAGAUUGGUUACACCUGCUUUAUAUAGAUUAACCAGAUUGUGUAAGUGGAAAAAUAAAAGGUUACUUGCAAGAUUCAUCUUCGUGUCUCUAAUCAAUUUGGCAGCCUGAAAAAGAGGAGACAACAGAAAUCUAUGUUAAAUUGAUUCGGGUACUAGUAGUGCGUGCCUGUGUGUGGUCAAGCAUAAAACAUAUCUCUUUUAUGUUGUCGGAGUUUGAUCUAAUGUAAAACCCCACACCGGCUACGCUGGUGACUUUGGAGUUGAUUAGAUGGUAAUGCAAGAGAUCUACCGAGGCUGGCGAUCAACGAUGAAGAAUCAAUAUGUUUUUUUUUUUAUAAAUCUUAUGUGUUUGUUUUUGCACGUCCCUCUAGGGUUGUAUUCUUUCGUAUCUUUAUGAAUUUCAUUUGUGUCCGUUUUUACGGGUUUGGACAGCC